AAAAUACAAAAUGGUAAAUAUAAAUGAAUUAAAAAGAAUGGCAGUAUAUAUAAAGAAGAUCGACGCGGGGUGGAGGUGAGGUGAAGUCUGGAAAGACCAGCGUGCAGGUUCUUCAAUCUUCUAGAGAGAGAAAGUUAAAGAUUGAAAUUUGGAUCGGAGAGAGAGAGAGAGAUGGCGUUGAAUCCUCAAUUGUUUCCUAAUGGAAUGCCCGUUCCUUUCGUGAACGAGAUGUUUGUGUUGGCCAGAGACGGCGUCGAAUUCGAGGUCGAUAAGAUUCCUGCCUCUGGAAAUCAUGGGGGUCAUCUCAAAACAAAGGGAAUCGUGUAUUUGUCAAAUAUUCGGAUGGUCUUCGUUGCUAAAAGUUCAGUUGGACACUUCACUGCUUUUGAUAUGCCUUUGCUUUACAUCCAUGGUGAAAAAUUUAACCAGCCUAUAUUUCACUGCAACAAUCUUUCUGGACAUGUUGAGCCUGUAGUCCCAAAUGACGAACACAGAGCUCUUUACUCUACACACUCAUUUAAGAUCUUAUUCAAAGAGGGAGGCUGUGGAACCUUCAUCCCUCUCUUCUUCAAUUUGAUUACUUCAGUGAGGCAGUAUAAUCAACAUGCUAAUAUGCAGACACAAACUUAUGUGGAUCCUUUGCAGGCAUCUCAGACUCCGGUUGAUGAGAUGAUGAGACACGCAUAUGUUGAUCCUAAUGAUCCGACAAAAAUAUUUCUGCAACAACCCACUUCUGAUUCUCAGCUUAGGCGUCGAACAUAUCAGCCACAGACAGAUGGAGGCCAUGUCUAAGUCUGAAAUUACACUCUCCUCACGUUCAUCGUAUGAUGUUUAUAUGGGAAUUGUGUAUUAAUACAUCAAAAUAAACAAAAAUCUUAUGAGAGACUGAGUAUGUGUUUGGAUCUAUGUUGAUAGAAUUUAUUUUAGAUCAAUGUGAUUAUAUAGAAUUGAUUCUGAAGUAAUGUAUUUCUUUUGUUUGCAUAAGAGAUAUUAAAGAAGUUAUUUUUAAGAAAA